GUUGGGUGUGGUCGAUAGAUAGUAAGGGCGAUCGCUUGAUCGGGAUGAGUCACAGCACCAAGAACCUCGGGGAAUACCGCAAGAUCUACCUCAAUGACGCGGCCAAGAAUGCCGAGAGCGCGUUUUGCGACAACGUGGUCGUGACCUCCAAGUACACCGCCGUCACGUUCGUGCCCAAGUUUUUGUUUGAGACGUUCCGCAAGUUUGCCAACGCGUACUUUCUCGUCGUGUCCAUGAUGCAAGUGAUUCCGUCCAUCAGCAACACCAACGGACUGCCCUCCACCGCCCCCACAUUGCUCUUCAUCAUGGUCAUCGACGCCAUCUUCGCCGUCCUGGAGGACCGAAAGCGACACAUUGCAGACGCCGUGGCCAAUUCGAGGGUCACCCGUGCCUUGGCCAAGGAAAUCGAGCAGUUCAAGGCCAUUGAGUGGAAAGACCUGCGUGUCGGCGAUAUUGUCAAGUUGAGCAACAGGGACCAAGUGCCUGCUGAUCUAGUCAUCCUCGCGGUGGCAGAACAGCCGUCAACGCCGCCCACGGGGCUGUGCUACGUGGAAACCAAGAGCUUGGACGGCGAAACCAACAUGAAAGUUCGCCAGGCGAUACAGUGCACCAUGACGAAGUGUCAGUCCCCCGGCUCCCUCUUGGCACUCAAGGGCAUGAUCCAAUGCGAACACCCCAACAACGGCAUCAACACGUUCCAAGGCGUGCUGCACCUCGACAGCGGCGACAAGGAGUCCAUUGCGCACAAGAGCAUCCUUUUACGUGGCUGUACGAUCCGCAACACGGACUGGGUGCUUGGUUUGGUGGUCAACACUGGCCAAGACACGAAAAUCAUGAUGAACAACACGAGCACGCCGUCCAAGAUGAGCUCCAUGGACGUGUCCAUCAACCGAUACAUUGUCGCAUUGGUGUGUGUGCUGUUUGUGUGCUGCGCGGUGGGCGCGACUGGCAGCGUGCUGUGGGAAACGAAAAACUCCCACACGUGGUACAUCCAUGGGAAAACGCCAUCGCAGUCGUCGUGGGUGGUCAUGUUCUUUUACUUUUUCCUGCUCAUGUACCAGUUCAUUCCCAUCUCGCUGUACGUGUCCAUGACCAUGGUCAAGCACGUACAGUCGAUAUUUCUUCAGUGGGACGUACAAAUGUAUCAUGACGACACAGACACGCCCGCGCUCGUGCGCACCAUGUCACUCAACGAAGAACUGGGCCAGAUUUCGUACAUCUUCUCCGACAAAACUGGCACGUUGACGUGCAACAUCAUGGAGUUCCGCAAGUGCUCCAUUGGAGGGGUAUCGUAUGGCCACGGGACCACCGAAAUCGGACUGGCGGCGCAGCAGCGCGCAGCAAAUGAUGGCUCGUUUUCUGCAAUAGCCGAGGAAAAGCAUCAUUCAACCAAAGCGAAGUGUGUGCCAUAUGUCAACUUUGACGGGGUCGAGCUGUACGAGCACAUGGCAGGGUCGGGUGGCGCUGACCAGAAAGAGCGCAUUCACCGGUUCUUUCUGCAUUUGGCCAUUUGCCACACUGUGAUUCCAGAGUAUCGCCAGGGCACGACUGAAGUGACGCUGUCGGCGUCAUCUCCGGAUGAGCAGGCGCUGGUGAGUGGCGCCGCUUUCUUUGGUUACGAGUUUAUCAACCGAAUGCCAGGCAAGGUGUCAGUUCGAGUGCGGGGCCAGGACGUACAGUACGAAUUGCUGGACGUGCUCGAGUUUAGCAGUGCACGAAAGCGCAUGUCCACCGUGGUGAAAACUCCCGACGGCGACAUCCUCGUGCUGACUAAGGGCGCCGACGUUGUGGUGUUUGAACGGCUCAAAGCUCAGAACGAUGCCCAGAUGGUGACACACACGACCCAGCACAUCAACAGCUUUGCCGCCGAAGGCCUCCGCACGCUCACGAUCGCGUCCAAGCAAGUGGACGCGACUUUCUACGGAGAAUGGAGCGGACGGUACCACGACGCGCUCAACAACCUCGAAGAAAUGGAUAAGCAAAAGAGCGAACUGCCCAAUGCAAUCGACGAGUGCAUGGAGGAACUGGAAACAGACCUGGACCUUCUCGGCGCUACGGCCAUCGAAGACAAACUUCAGGCUGGCGUUCCGGCUACAAUUGCCUCGCUGGCCGAAGCCGGGAUCAAGAUAUGGGUGCUCACGGGCGACAAGGAGGAAACGGCCAUCAACAUUGGGUUUGCAUGCAACUUGCUGCACAGUCGCAUGCGACGCGUGGUAAUUAACUCGACGCUGUUUGACUCGGCGCAGAAAAUCGAGGCUGAGCUGCUGUUGCAAGUGGCUGUGUUGUGCAAAGAGGGUUCAUCGGCAGACGAAUUCGUGGACGUGGCCCUUGUGAUCGACGGCGACAGUUUGAUUCACGCGUUGAGGGGGUCCUGUCGGACCGCGUUGUUGGAGUUUUCCCAGCUCUGCAAAGCAGUUAUAGCGUGCCGAGUGUCGCCUGGUCAGAAAGCGGAAAUGGUCGCUUUGAUCAAGGACAACAUCCCCGGCGUUCGCACGUUGGCCAUAGGAGACGGCGCCAACGACGUUCCGAUGAUCCAGGAAGCCCACGUGGGGGUGGGUAUUUCAGGCCAAGAAGGACUCCAAGCUGUGAACGCCAGCGAUUACGCCAUCGCCCGCUUCAGCUUUCUAGGCCGGCUCAUCCUCGUGCAUGGUCGAUGGAACUACAUGCGAAUGUCGCAGCUGGUGCUGUACAUGUUUUACAAGAACAUUAUGCUCACGGCGGCGCAGUACACGUAUACGUGGAUGAGUGGGUUCUCCGGGCAAAAGUUUUUUUUAGAGUCGAUUGUCCAGCUGUACAAUGUCCUAUUCACGUCGUACCCGAUCCUGUGCCUGGCGAUCUUGGACCAAGACGUGCAUGAUACCAUGGCCGUGAACUUUCCAAAGCUAUACGUGGCUGGCCCCCAAAACGACCUCUUAAACGCAUCUGUGUUUUCUGCGUGGGUGGCGUCUGCGUUGGGGGAAUCGGUCGCGAUUACGCUGACGGUGAUGUGGUCGUUUCGGGACUCAAGCCAUUCGUCCGAGUCCCCUGGCAUGUGGCUCGUGGGCAACGUCGUGUUUUCGCUCGUGAUGGUCGUGGUCACGAUCAAGUUGACGUUGUUUCAAAACUCGUGGCUAGGCAUCAACGUCGUGUUGUACGCGAUAUCGAUCUUGUUGUGGAUCUCGAUUGCGACCAUCGCGUCCAACUGGUACCUUGUGUCGGGAUGGCCAUGGAUGGACAUGAUGGCCAGCAUGUCCUGCUUAGUGCCGUCGUGGUGUUUGCUGCUCUUUGCUCCGAUCACGUUUUUGCUGCCAACGUAUGUUUGCAAGGCCAUGAAAAGCGAGCUCUACCCAGAGUACAACCAACUCGCCAUGGAAGUGGCGACGUUUGGUUUGCCGCUGGACCUCCUCACUUGGAACUAUGCCCCUUCCGACCGUCGCCAGCGAAUGGUGCACCACAAGCCCAAUGGCAAUGCGAGAAAACUCUCCAGUGUCAUUCCAGUGUCCAAGCGCCGAAGCAUGACGGUCAAGAUCCUAUCGAAUGACUCGCAACACUCGGGGUUUGCGUUUUCAUCGGACAAUCAAGCAAGACGAGCAGAAGCACAGUUGGCGAUUGGAAAGUAUAUCCCGCUUAAGGCACAUCACACAUAAAUGUGUGAUUGAUGAUUAAUUGUAGUUCACGGCUUAGAAAUGAUGCACCAUGUGAUUUCACUUUGGAGUAUGCACGGACUUGGCCAACUUAUCCUUGUUCCAACUCUGGCUUGAGUUUGAACGACAUCUUGUACCUGGUGCUUGGUCAGCUUGCGAUGGCGCG